UGGAUUGACUCAAGUUUUGAUUUACGCCAUGCGACCCUACAUGUCCAGGAAUUUCGCGGAUCGCACACCGCAGAGCGCACCAGCAAUCGAUGGAAAAGAUGCUAAACAACUGGAGAAUUGACAAGCAACGGGUCCACGUAAUUUUGCGUGACAACACGGCAAAUAUGAAGAAAGCUAUGAGGGAUAUGGGGGUGCCGAGUGUGGGCUGUGUCGCCCAUUCCUGUCAACUCUGUGUGCAUGAGGGCCUGCUGUCUCAGCGCAGCGUGACAGAGACCCUGGCCAACGCAAGGAAGAUUGUAGGCCAUUUUAAACACUCCCCGUUGGCCUACUCUCAACUAGAAGACAUACAGAUGGACCUAAAUAUGGAUAUCAAGCGCCCACAGCAAGAUGUACAGACACGAUGGAACAGCAGCCUCUACAUGCUGCAGAGCCUACUGCAACAAAAACGUGCUCUUAGUGUCUUUGCAGCUGAGCGCACUCUACCAGCAACACUGACAGCUCACCAGUGGGAGCUGAUGAAUAAGACUGCUGAUGUGCUAUCCCCCUUUGAAGAGCUGACCAGGGAUGUGAGCAGGGAGACUGCAACUGCAGCUGAUGUGAUCCCUGCCAUAACAGUCCUCAGACGUGUUCUGUCUCGGGAGGAAGAUGAUGACCAGGGAAUAAAAACAAUGAAGAGGACUCUGCUGUAGGCAGUGGAGAAGCGCUUUGCUGAUGUUGAAACUGAGCCACUCUUCUACAUCGCCACUCUUCUAGAUCCCAGAUAAAAAGAUGGCUUUUUCACAAAGUCAGCCAACCUGUUGCUUGCAAAGGAACACCUUAUACAGGAGGUGGCAAAGACAGAGGGGAGGAGGGCUGUCAGUGCAGUGCCAGAGGAAAAUGAGGCUGCAGCAGAGCCAGUGAGCAAGGCACCACAUCAUGACGCAUGUAGCAGCCUGGACAUUGCCUUUGAGGAAAUCUUACAAGAGAGGCAGUCUCAGGGACGGUCCGUGAGUACCACAUCAGCAGAAACUCAAGUGCAGACCUACCUCUCAGAAAAAAACACCCCUAAGAAAAGCGACCCACUUCAGUACUGGAAUGAACAUGCUAAUCAGUUUCCUUCUAUGGCUGCUGUUGCAACCCAGUAUCUCAGGGUGCGUU